AUGAGUCUCAAUGAUGACGAUGUCGCAAAACAGAUUCAACAUAUGAUUGCAUUUAUUCAACAAGAAGCCGUUGAAAAAGUUGAAGAAAUCGAAGCAAAAGCAGAAGAAGAGUUUAAUAUUGAAAAAAGUCGUUUAGUUUCUCAACAACGUGCUAAAAUAAUUGAAUAUUAUGAUAAAAAAGAAAAACAAAUAGAAUUACAACGAAAAAUUCAACAUUCAAAUUUAGCUAAUGCCAGUCGUCUGUCUAUUCUUAAAGCCCGUGAUGAUUAUGUUCAAGCUUUAAAAGAAGAAGCAAGAAAACAAUUAUCUAUUUUAACACAAGAUCGAUCAAAAUAUCAAACUAUUCUUUCGAAUCUUAUUGCGCAAGGUCUUUUUUUACUUAUGGAAAAAGAAAUAAAUCUUCGAUGUCGUCGAAAUGAUUAUGAACUUGUUCAACAACUCAUUCCCGAUGCUAUUCAACGAUAUAAACAAGAGUUAAAACAAAAUGAUAUUAAAGUUACAAUCGAUGAUAAAAAUUUCUUAGCUGAAGAUUCAGCUGGUGGUGUUGAACUUUAUGCAAUGGGAGGGAAAAUCAAAGUAUCAAAUACAAUUGAAGCUCGUCUUGCGAUGAUAUUUAAUCAAAUUCUUCCUGAAAUUCGAGAAAAACUAUUUGGUGUUAAUCAAAAUAGAAAAUAUCAUGAUUAA